AUGUUCUUCAAGAAAUCAAUAAGAACUAUUCAGCGCAUUUGGAAACAAUGUCAAUCAUCAGUUGAUAAUGGUAUGUCAUCGUUAGAUGUGUCUUUAAUACUUACAGUAAAGUUGGAAGAAAAUGGAUUGGAGUCGACAUUAAUCAAGUCAAAGAAAUUCCACUUUCUGGUCGAUCAAAAUAUUCGAACUCUGGCUUUUGCGAUGAACAUGGCAAAAUCAACCAUCUUUCAGCGUGUGAAAGAUGGAACUCAUCGGCCACAUUCUAAUUGCAUCAAGCCUCAGUUAACCGAAGGAAACAAAAACGUACGACUUCAAUGCUGCCUCUCAAUGAUUGAUCAGAAUAGAAUAAACAUAAAUCCCAUGUUUAUGAAUAUGUUUAAUUAUGUUCAUAUCGACGAAAAGUGGUUUUUUUUGUCCAAAAAAGUUGAAAGGUACUACCUGCUUCCUGGAGAGCAUGAGCCAGAUUCGUAUCAUUCUUACAAAAGUAAAAAUUUUAUUCCAAAGGUUAUGUUUAUGGCUGCUGUAGCACGUACUCGAUUUGAUGAAAAUGGAAUUGAGUUGUUUUCUAGAAAAAUAGGUAUUUUUUCGUUUGUAGUUAAGGAACCAGCUAAGCGGAAUAGCAAAAAUCGAACAGCAGGAACUAUGGAAACAAAGCCCAUUCAGUCAGUAACUACAGAUAUCACUAGAGCUUGCUUGAUAGAGAAAAUUCUUCCUGCUAUUAUAGCAAAAUGGACAGCUUCUGAUUCAAAUAAUCCUAUCUUUUUACAACAAGAUAAUGCAAGGCCACAUAUUGGUUACAAUGAUUUGGAAUUUAUUGAAUCUGGCCGACAAGAUGGAUUUGACAUUUGA